AAAUGGAUAUCCACUUAGCGAAUCGUAUCGCACGCGAAUGUUUGGCACAGUUUGCAAAGCUUCCGAAAACGGGCAAACCAAACGAAUCGUUCGAGUGGACCAUCCUGUCGGCGAUCGUGCUCGUCACCCCGGUCACGGCUGCGCCCAGCGACAUCCGCGUGGUUGCGCUCGGUACCGGCACCAAGUGUUUGCCCGGCAACGAGCUUAGCCCCCGGGGCGAUCGUGUGCACGAUAGCCACGCGGAAGUGCUAGCCCGCCGGGCCUUCGUUCGCUACCUGUACGAACAGAUCGAGCAAGCGUUGCUGGUGGAGGAAGGCCAGCCGAAGGAAAGCAUAUUUGAGCGGCAAACGGUAGACGGCGGAGGUUGUGGCAAAUUUGUGUUGAAGAACGGCCAUUCGUUUCACUUCUUCACCACGCACAGCCCGUGCGGCGAUGCGAGCAUAUACGAGCGGGAGGAGGAUGCAAUGCUACCCGCGAAACGGCCACGACGAACCGACGAAGAAACCGACGACCGGGCCGAUGAAGAAACGGCCUUUGGAUGUUGCAUCGGGGAGGACCGUACGGCGGUGGGAAUGACGGGCGGCAAGCUGCUCGAGCCGGAAGCGCACGGUGACUUGAUGGCGCAAACGAUCGGUGCGGUCCGCACGAAACCGGGCCGGGGCGUGCGGACGGCUUCCGUUUCCUGCAGCGAUAAGCUGGCCCGCUGGAACGUGCUCGGUGUGCAGGGCGGCCUGCUAAUGAUGCUGCUCGGCCGGCCCAUCUAUCUGGACGGGGUGGUGGUGUGCGACGGGACGGACCACUCGGUGGAGGCGCUCGAGCGAGCGAUCUGGGGCCGGUUCGAACGGUGGAAGGAACCGGCGGUGCGGGAACCGUUCGAACGACACUACCGUCCGGUGGUCAUUGCGGCCGAUGGGGGUGAGCUGUUUGCGUACCGGAAAAAUCGAUCCCACCCCACGAAGGAGGCAGGCGGAAAGUUUCAACCGUCACCGUGUGGAAUCGUUUGGUGCGACGUGAAGGAAAGACCACACGAGGUGGAGGUGGCCGGCCGGCGACACGGCGUGACGAAGCGCAAACUUGCCACACCGGCAGCUCGUUUGCAGAUUUCUAAAAUCGAAUUAUUUAACCGCUUCGCACGAACGUACCGGCGGGCACAGCGGGAAGCUUUGCAUAAUUUAACCGUCCCAGCGCCGGGAGAGGGCGCAACGCAGCCGAACACUGCAGCGGCCGACGACGUUGGUAAACUUUCUUACGCGGACGCAAAGGCACGGUCGGUGGCGUAUGCGUCCCAGUGGGCCAGCGUGCGAGCGACCAUGUUCGGCCGGUGGCCGGUAAAGCCGACCAGUUUGGGAGGGUUCCUCAGCGAUGCGAGCUAGUUUCGAGCUUUGGUUUUGGUUCUGUCCCAUCGACACUGCAGGUGUUUGUUGAUUGAGUUAAAAUGAUGAAGCGUUUGUUGUUUGCAAAGGGAAGAUUUAAUAAAGAAGGUUUCAAAAAAUUCA